CCAUUGCACAAGGGUUUAUCAACCUAUAAUGCUUUAAGACUGCCUCAUAUAGAAGAUUCAAUUGGUCUAACACAUGAAGAGAUCAAAAACAGCUUAUAUGAUUCAAACCCAAGAGAAAUUGCUCCUCAAUCAGUUGAACGUGCACUCAACUCUGACAUUUGGUUCUCGUGCAACUCUGAAGUGUUUUCUGACAAAGCCAGUGGCAGAUCUCUAUUACUUGAUAAUUCAAGCUGGAUUACAUCUGUUGAAGAAAUUUCCCCUGAUCAUUCUGAUGAAUGGACAUGGAGCUGAAGAUUCUCAUAAAUUUCUGUGGGUCCUAUUAUCAUAUGAUGGAAUGGCAGGAUUGCCCCCUAACCCACUGAAGGUCACCAUGUUCUGGAAGCAUUCAAUGCCAAAUACACAGUGCUUAAUGGUAACAAAUGACUUGCCUGGCUUGGAAACAGGUGGUGAGAUGAAUGGGUUUCAGAAUGGAAAAAAUUGCAAUCUUGAUAAACCUUUUCCAGGAUGCUUGGGACGAAUGGUGAACCUUUUCGAUUUAAAUUCUGGGGUGGCAGGAAACAAGCUUCUUACAGAUAAACCACAUGGCUCUCUUUCGAGGAGCCAAUCAGAUGUUGUCAGGAUGUAUCCUUCUGGGGAUCAAAUAGAGGAAAAAAUGAUUGUUUCAGAUUUGAAGAGAAACAGUUCAAACAGGAAAUCAAAUGGAACACCAAUGAAGAUGCUUAUAGCCCAAGAAAUGUCCAAGGAAAUAGAUUCUAGUCAGAACCCACCUAGUCUUGUUGCCAAGUUGAUGGGCCUUGAUGCUUUUCCAACUCGGAGAUCUGUUUCAGCCACACAAAGUCAUUUUGGAGGUCAUUCUCGAUGUCAUACUGAUUCCUCUUUCAGUUAUUGCCAGCACGAAAACGGAUCUUUGAUGGAAGAAAUGCAUCAGAAAUUUCAUCAAUGCCCAGAAGAGAAUGAAUAUAAAGAUGUCUAUGAAGUCUGGCAGCAACCCACGAAGAUAAACUGUGUGAGAAGCAAAUCUCCCCAAAAGGCAAGACACGACGAAACCAGUAUUGACAAGAAGGUAGCUUUUGUUCGUCAGAAGUUCAUUGAAGCUAAAUGUUUAUCUAUAGAUGGAAAUCUUCGCCAGUCUAAGGAAUUCCAAGAAGCAUUGGACGUUUUAAGUUCCAACACAGAUUUAUUUCUCAAGUUUCUGCAAGAACCCAAUCCAAUGUUUUCGCAGCAGUUACAAAAGUUGAAAUCUGUACCUCCUCCUCCUGAGACAAAACGAAUUACUGUUCUUAGACCAACAAAAAUGGUGGAUAAUAGUAGAUUUGGUGAAUCAGGAAACAAAAAUGAAAAAGAGAUGAAGAGAGCCACCCAGGUGGGUCAGGGAAACAGGGUAGACGAAAGCCAUUGUCCGAUUUCCCCUCCUGCACCAGGGUGGAAUAUUGAUGAAAAUCCCGCUCAGCCGACAAGGAUAGUGGUGUUGAAACCAAGUCUUAGCAAGACACGCAACUGCAGGGUUGCAAGUUCUCCACCUUCAGCAUCACCAAGAGUAUCAGAAGCUGAAAUGAAGUAUGUAAACAUAGAGGAUAAUGAAGCACAGGAUUCAGGAGAAGUGGCCAUAUCACAGAAGAUGCAUGAAAACCUUGGUGGACACAGAAGGGAUGAAACCUUGUUUUCUUCUAUGUCUUCCAAUGGCUACAUUGGUGAUGAAAGUUCAUUUAACAAGUCUGAAAAUGAGUAUGUUGCAGGAAAUCUCAGUGAUUCAGAAGUCAUAUCACCAGUUUCUAGGCACUCCUGGGAUUACAUUAAUAGAUUUGUCGAGCCUUAUUCCUGCUCCUCCUUGAGCCGUGCAUCUUAUUCCCCAGAAUCUUCGGUUUCUAGAGAAGCCAAGAAGCGACUUUCAGAGAGAUGGGCAAUGGUGUCUUCUAAUGGAAGUUUUCCGGAACAUAGACAUCUGCGAAGAAGGUCCAGUACAUUAGGUGAGAUGCUUGCUCUUUCUGACACAAAGAACGCUGGAGGAAUGGAGCAGGAGAUUAGCAAAGAAGAGCCCGGAACUUCAAAUUCCAACUUGAUGAAUAAUUCCAAUUGUGAUGAAGUCAUUGAUGAGUCACCAAGGAACCUCUUGAGGUCUAAAUCUGUUCCUGUAUCUUCGACUGAAUUCGGUACGCUGUUGAAUGCAGAUGUUCCAGGUCCUGAGACAGGAAAACCCAACCUUCCUGAAGAGACAACAAAACCAAGAAGCACAAAAUUGUCACUGAAAAAUCUGUUGUUCUCAAGGAACAAAAAACCAAGCAAAGACAGCGGACGCCAUCUGCAAUCCAACAAUGAAGUGCAGUCUGGUGUUAAGUCUUCACAUUGUCCUGCAAAAGUUGAUCCAGGACGUGAGUUCUCGUCAGCCGAUCUUCACAAAUCACCAGGCAAACUAGUUUCCCAGAAUUCGUUUGGGGAGCAAGGCAUAAUUUCUCCUGAGCAGGUUGGCCUGUUUGUAUCAAAAUCUUUGCCCUUGGAAAAUCAAUGUGAGAGCCAGGACCAACCAAGUCCAAUAUCUGCUUUGGAUACAACAUUUGAAGAGGAUGAACAUCCAGCAUGUAUAUCCUUUGGCAGGACGAAGCCAGAUCAUCAUGCAGGUGGUGAGUUGUCUGUUGACCCUAUAAGGUGCAAUCUGAUUGACAAAUCUCCUCCAAUAGGAUCAAUUGCUCGUACUCUGUCAUGGAACGAUUCCUGCGUAGAUACGGCCAGUUCAGUUCCUUUAAGACCAUCCUUAUCCACUUGGCGGACAGAGGAAGAAGAAAAAGAAUGGUUCUCUUCUGUUCAAACUUUAUUAACGGUGGCUGGCCUUGAUGAAGUGCAAUCAGAUGCCUUCUUAUUGAUGUGGCAUUCGACUGAAAGCCCUUUGGAUCCAUCUCUAAGAGAAAAGUAUGUUGAUCUCAAUGAGAAGAAUACACUACACGAGGCCAGGCGAAGACAAAGGAGAUCAACCCGAAAACUUGUGUUUGAUUGUGUAAAUGCAGCACUGAUGGAAAUCUCAGGAUAUGGGCCAGACACUUGCCAAAGAGCCAUUCCCCAUAUUGGGGUUAGUAACAAUCUUCCAGAAGGAGCUAAAUUGAUAUUGGUGGACCAGGUGUGGACCCGAAUGAAGGAAUGGUUUUCUAGUGAGGUGAAAUGUCUCUCUGGUGAUGAUGAUGAGGACGGAAACAGCCUGGUGGUGGAUGGAAUGGUGAGGAAGGAGGUUGUGGGGAAGGGUUGGCUUCAAUAUUUGAGGUUAGAGAUAGACAAUGUAGGAACGGAAAUUGAAAGGGAGUUGCUGGCAGAGCUUGUGCAUGAAUCCGUCAUUGAAUUGACAGGUAGAGCGUGAUAAGGCUUUUUUCCACUUAAUUUUUGUUGCCCCAAAUUAUGUUAUCUCUCCUGUAUUUAUUAUGUUUGCCAACAAUGCUGCAAACAUUGUUUAUAUUGCAAUUCUGUAAUGUUUUUUACAUCUGGAAUUGUUUUGCAUUGUAUGCUUCGGCUCUGGUCUAGUUGUCAUUUGUACAGUCUAACUAAACUAAGUAAGUUGAGUGCCGACACAAAUGCAGUUUCUUACACUUGACAAUUCACCUUA